GCAACCACCUCAGCCUGUCCCAGUGAUCCCACCACAACCAGUCACGCCCCACAAUGCAUUCAGAAUGCCUGUCCAACGUCCUGUCAGCCAAUGUGUCGUCCACAGUGCAUUGCUCCACAACCCUCCUGCUCACCGGCAUGCAAUUCACAAUGUAUUCAACAACAACAAAUUUGUGCUAUAACCUGCCAAGCAAGCUGUAAAACAACAUGCAACAACAAUGCGCAAUGCUUCCAAGUUUGUCUGCCAAUUUGUGAACGUUCGUGCUUGCAAGAACCUGGAAUUAUACCUGUGAUACCUCCUACCUAUCCCAUUCCCCGUCCACAACCAUGUCAAUCGUUCUGUCAACCUGCUUGCUCACCACAAUGUUUGCAACAACAACAGACCUGCUUCGCUGCCUGUCAGCCGAGUUGCCGUAGUUCAUGCAACACAGCCCCCAGAUCAUGUUGUCAGUCUCAAUGCGUCGAUCAACAACAAGGCUGCAUACAAGCAUGCCAACCGAUGUGUCAAGCAUCGUGUGGAUCAAACGUCAACUGUGCAAUAUCCUGUUUGUAUAGCUGUCAACAGUCUUGUGCUCAACGACAAAACCCACCAGUUCCAGUGAUACCACCGGUUAUGCCUCAACCACAACCAAAUUGCGGUCUCAACUGUCAGGCUGGCUCUCCAAUGCAGUGUAUACCACAGUGUCAACCAUCAUGUCAAUCAUCGUGCAUAUCACGACAGGACAACUUCAUUAAUCAACAAGCCCCAGCGAUCGUUCAGUGUACCUCGUAUCCAGCUAUUCAAAAUCCCCAACCAUCACAAGUCAUUCCUCCAUUUGCUGGCAAUAACGGUUGCGGAUGUUCAUCCGGUUAUGUCAGGUGCAUGCAGGAUUCAUCGUGUUGUCUUCGUAGACGUGUUCGAUCUGCAGUAGCUGCUAAAAAAGCCGAGAAGUAA